AUGAGCUCGGCCAGGUUUAUGGUGAGGCGAGGUGUCUCUGCCACAGGGUCAGGAUCUGAGAUCACGGGUGCUGGAGGUUCCUUCAAGGUGGGGAUAGAAUCGGGCUCGGCACGUGCUGCCUUCUCGAGAGCUAGCACCUGGCAGGAGGGCUUCACAUACGACAGUCGCUUGAACCCCAUGCUGGCAGGGGGCCGCCUGCGCCUGCGCCUGGACCGCUGCCUGCUGCGCCUGCACCACCUGCGCCUAUGCUCCCCCUCCCUGCUCGGCACGCACCCCAUCCCCGGGGGCUCCUAUUCCAAGCAGCGGCGUGUGAAGGGCCAGCCCACCAUGGUGGACCUGCCCCUGCUGCCCAGUGACCACUUCGGCCUCCUGCUCGUGCUCCACAGGGGUGAGGGGGAGGCUGUGGGGCGUGGGGAUGCGGAACAGAGGCUACUGUACUGGGCUGUGGAGGGGCCCCGUGAGUUGAAGCUGAGCUGA